GCCAACUUCGGCUCGUGUGAGCCACGGCCCAUCGCGUCCCAAACCCUAAAACCAGCUAGAGAGCCUCCAUAAAAUCGCCGCUCCCUCACCCCGCCGCCCUCUUUUUUACCUCACCCCACGACUUGAAAUUCCCAUUUUGCCCCAGGCACGAAUCCCAAUGACAACUCUAUCCUCCUCUCUCAACCACUUCCUUCCCCGCUCCCGCCUCCUCUCCACCACCACCACCGCGACUGCCACGUCUCGCUCAAUCUCCAUCAGUCGCGCAAAAUCCAAGCUCCGAUCCGAGCACGACCCAGACAAAGCUCUCGCCGUCUACUCCUCCGUCGUGGCCCACCUCCAGUCCCCCGUCGCCUCCCGCUACGCCCUCGAUCUCACCGUCCGUCGCCUGGCCAAGUCCCACCGCUACUUCGACAUCGAAUCCCUCGUCGAGUCCCAGAAAUCAGAUCCCAAAAUCACCCAAGAGCCCUUCCUCCUCACCCUCAUCCUCACCUACGGCCGAGCCGGCAUGCUCGACCAGGCCAUCCAAAAUUUCCAACAGUUGGACUCCCUCGGCACCUCGCGGUCCGCUGUCUCCUCAAGAAGUGUUAGGAUUGAUGGAUGAGAUGGCCUCCUCGGGGCUGAAGCCUGAUACGAUUAGCUAUAAUUAUCUCAUGACGUGUUACUGUAAGAAUGGGAAGAUGGACGAGGCGAAGAAAGUUUACUAGGGUUUGGAGGAGAAACGGUGUCUGCCAAAUGCCAAAACGUAGGAAUGGGGAUUUCGAUGCGGGGUUGGAAUUUUCAAGGCCAGUGUGAAGAAGAACAAGAUUCCGAAUUUUGGGAAGACAAGGGUUUGGUUGAGGGGCUGGUUAAGAAUUCGGAGGUGGUGAAGGCGAAGGGGUUGAUUUGAGAGGUGAAGAAGAGGUGGUUGAUAGUCUGAAUUGUUAAAGGAGAAGCAGCGGUCAAAGGAUCGCAAAGUACGGUACUUAUCUCUCCUUUAUUAGAGUUUCUU